AUGUCGAUUGCUGAUUUGGCCGAACCUACAAUCACAACCUUUUUCCCUUUAAUCAACUCGGCUGCACUUGAGUUAUCCAUGGAGGCAAAAUCCAUAGAAUGCAACACUGUUCCCGAAAAUACAUUAGGUCCGAAUCCCGGAGAGAAUUCGGGAGAAUCUGAUGCCACUUGCCCUUGGACCCAAAAGCUUUGCCCGUCCCACCCCACAGCUCCCAAUGUUGUAUAUCCUCAACAGGCCCAUCAUAAUCUACGCUCAUCACUUUGGAAUCGAAGUUUAUGUACUGCUGAAGCUGGAAAUGCUGAGCAUAAGAGUUUAGAUAGUGCUGCAGCUGAGUAUUGUGAGGGAAAGUGUCUGCCGAAGACGGCCAUGGGAAAUCUGAGAACUCGAAGCUCUGUUUGGGAACUUGAAGCCUAG